GCCUCCAGAUCAGCCAUUGGUUCAGUAGUGACAGCCUUAGAGUAGGUCUAGGCUAGUGACCAUAGUUGACAGGGUUCGUAGCCAUGUACAUCCCCAAGGAUGAGCAGGAAGCCGCUAUGGAGUGGGAAGCAGAAGGAGAUGUUUUGAAGCGGCAGGCACUGGAGGAUGAGAAGAGGAUGGAAUGGAAGUUAAGAAUGAUGAGGGAGAAGAAGAAGAGGGUGGACGCAGCGAGUGAAGCGGUCAAAGAUCUGGAGGAGGUGCAAAGACUGACUCUACGAUUGACCCCCCAGGUAGACCUCCAACAAAAGGGAGAGAUCAUUGCCCAAAGUAUUGAGCGUUUGGCCCGAGUGCAGGAACAACAAUAUGAGUUUAGUCAAAGUCAGGAUAUGGCCGUGCGCUCGAUGCGAAUGGGAUUUCGGGACUUUGCUCGCGAACUGGUAGGCGCAGUAGGAGCCGAGGUGACCCAUCGCCUCGAGAAGACUGAACGCUUCUGCGUCGGCGCCAUUGAAGGCGUCAAGGCGGCAGCUCCCAAGGAGGAGGAGGCACGUCCCCGCAGGGAGCCAGUCAAAGUCAAGUUCCCUGAUUCCUACAGUGGAAAAGGGAAGAAAACUUUGACAAUUGGGAGGCCAACGUCAAGACCUAUGCGCAUCUGCAACAGGUCUCCCCAAAUCAGCACGUGUUGAUUGCGAUUCAUGCGCUUAGAGAUGAAGCCGCCAGUUUCGCGAGGUCCCUCGUCCGCGCUGCCAACUGCAAUGAAGAUGCAGUUGCGUA